AUGGCCGUCAAAGACGCCAUUGUGACGGUACAAGAUGCCAUUUCCGAUUACCAGGACAAACAGUCGACGCACUAUGCCAACCAGAGUAUCGAGAUGACACGGCAGUCGUCAAGUCCCAUAAACAGAGCCGCUCCUCCUUACCAACCUCAAAGACAACUCUCUGAUAGUGAUCCGGAUGAUGAAGGAUUGACACAACUAGGUUUGAAAUGGAAGCGGAUCAGGAGGAACGUGCUCCUACGGUACAUCAUCUACAUCGUCCCCGUGGCCAUCCUUCUGGCCAUCCCGAUCGUUCUCUGCGCCACAGUAUACAAGGACAAGAAGAUCAAGUCCAGUUUCAAAACCUCGUCCACAGCCCAAAUUGCCACAUCAAAUGUCACCCAGACCGAUCCCGUGCACGGCAACAGCACCAGCGAUAUCACUACGCUAUACAACACGACCUAUGAAAAUGUCUACCAGGUCACCACCCACGAGGAGCACGGUGGGAUUCGUCUCUUGGGUCUCUUCAUCUGGAUCGAAGUCGUCUGGGUAUUCCUGUGGAUUGCCAAACUCUUGGCCCAGGCGGUGCCGAUCGUCUUCCAAACCGUUGGCGGAGCCAUCCACACGGGUAUCCGCAAGUACUGGCUCGUGCUCAAGGCGGUGGAAAUUCCAUUAUCGCUCUUCUUCUGGGCCAUCUUGUCGAUCUGUUCGUACUCGCUCAUCUACGUGUUUGACCAGGAGUUCCACAAGGAACACGCUGGGAACAUCACGUGGCUCAGCACGCUGCACAAGGUGCUCAAGGCGACCAUUGGUGUCUCGGCGCUCUACCUGGUGGAGAAGAUGCUCAUCCAGAUGGUCAGCGUCAACUACCACGGCAAGCAGUUCUACGACAACAUCAAGGAGCUCAAGACGCUCAGCCGCGCCAUCGAAACCAUGUACGAUGUCUCGCGUCAACGGUUUCACGACAACCACCCGUCCUUCAUGGAGGAAGACCUGGAUAUCCACGACACCAAGGGAUAUCGCAAGGACCGGCUAGGACGGUUGAAGAGCAAGGACCAGUCGACGGCCAUUUUCAUGACCAAUCUCGGGAAUGCCGCUGCCAAUGCCACUUCUGUGCUCGGAUACCUCGUCAGCGACAUCGCCGGCAGACAAGUCCUCAUGCCCACCGCAUCCGGCCCCGUUGUCGAGGCGGCGCUCGAACGGCCCGUCAGCGCCGAAGCCCUGGCCCGCCGGAUCUGGAACUCGUUCACCAACUUUGGAGAGAUCCAGUUGGACCAAGCCGCCAUCACCACCAUGAUGGGCGCCGGCCGCGAAGCUCAAGCCGCCUACAUCCACUCCAAGGUCGACGCGGACGAGAACGGCGACGUCACCAUGGAAGAGAUGGUGGAUCUGGUGAAAAAGGUCGCCAACGACAGGAAGACCAUCUGGGAAGGGGCCAACGACGUCAAGGACGCCAUCAAAGUGCUGGACCGCGUCCUUGCAGUCAUCGUCUUGAUCUUUGUGUUCCUCAUCUACGCCGCUUUCUUCUCCAAUUAUCUCGCCAACCACUACACCCAGAUCUGGUCGACCUUUACGGGGUGUUCGUUCCUGUUCUCCAGCACGGCAGGUGAACUGUUCGCGGCGUGUAUCACCGUCUUCAUCAAACACCCUUACGAUGUGGGCGACCGCAUCAACGUCAACGACGUCGACAUGGACGUCAUCAAGAUCUCGCUUCUCUACUCUGUUUUCAGAGAGGUGCAGUCCAAGCAGCAGAUCCAGAUCCCCAACAGCGUCAUCAACGGCGUGUGGAUCAAGAACCUCACCCGCUCGAAGGAGCUCCGGGAGCAAAUGACGUUGAAUGUGUCCGUGGGGACCUCGUUCGAGGACAUUGAGACCCUGCGCGGCGAGAUGCUCAAGUACGUGGCCGAGCACAAGCGGGACUUCAUGCCCGCGGUGGACAUCCAGUUGAUGUCCAUUGCGGACCUGUCCAAGCUCGAGCUGCGCGUCGAGUUCCAGCACAAGGGCAAUUACGCGAGUGACUUUGUCCGCGCCCAGCACCGCAGCAAGUUCGUGUGCGCGCUGCUGUCGGCCGUGCGGAAAGUGCCCAUCGACGGGCCCGGUGGCGGCGGCCCCGCCGCCGGAUCGAUGGAGUCGCCCAGCUACACGGUCGCCAUCACCGACGACGUGGCCAAGGCGGCCAAGGCCGUGUUUGACGACAACAAGGACAAGAAGCGCAUGAUCCCGAAGAACAGCCCCCAAGCCAGUGAGAUCGGCGUGGCCGUUGGAGGGCCUCAGGGCAGUACGGCUCUGCAAGUCCAGUCUGCCCUCAUUCGAAGUCGGACUGGCGGCGGGCCUCGGGGAUCUGAUGACUUUACCAAUGUCCCUUUGCGUCUAUAA